AUGGCAACAAACAAUAGCAAUCAUACCACCCCUAAGAACAUCGUCACCGAGAAUCCUGACUUCGGAAUGGACCCAGUGACGAUCCCUUCUUCGGUGGAAGCUCACAAUAUCUACGAUUUAUCAACCACCAUUCUAAAUAAACCACCGGGAGUACCACCCACUGCUAUCACCAGCCGAUUAUCAGCCCUCUUGAUCCUUAACCAGCCAAUAACCCUUCCAUUUGAAGCUUUCUCAGAGUUGUUUCGCUCUGCAUCGCUUAUUGUUUGUGCUGAUGGGGGAGCCAAUCAGCUACACGACUAUUGUCUAGCUAAUGAACAAAUUAACAGCUAUGUUCCAAACUUUAUUGUUGGAGACUUGGAUUCGCUAAAAGAUGAUGUGGAGAAAACGUAUCAGAAACUUGGGGUGCUUGUGAAAAAACAAGGAUCACAAUAUGCUACUGAUUUCCAAAAAGGAUUGGCGAUGGUGGACUUGUACUUCAAGUUGGGAAAAGAACUAGGCGAGGAGGGGUUUGGCAAGUUUAUAUUGGAUGAUGAGAUAGGAUUGGUCAAUAUCAACAAGACAGUUAGAUCUACUGGUAAUCAUCAUCAUGAUAUCAUGGUCAAUUGUCUUGGGGCUCUUGGAGGCCGGUUCGAUCACACUAUCCAACUGAUGAACCAGUUACACAAAUCAUUUUCUGAGUCUCCUAAUUUGCAGCUCUAUUACAUUGGGGACCAAGAUAUAGUAUUUUAUUUACCCCCGGGAGAGAAUUAUAUCAAGGUGCCAUGUCAAAUGAAGGAAGAAUGGGCCAAGGAUUACAGCUCUAAUGGGGGAAAAUGGAAGGGAAACACCUGUGGGAUUCUCCCGAUAUUCGAGAAAGUGAUAUUGACUACCAAGGGACUUAAAUGGGAUGUUGAAGAAUGGGAAAGCGGGAUGGGAGGUAACAUUAGCAGUAGUAAUCGGUUGUUGAAUGGUAGUGCAUCAAUUAAUGAUGGCGAUGAUUGGGUUGUUUAUGUCAAGAGUAAUGGGGCUUUACUAAUUAAUAUAGAGUGGUGA